UGGUUUUCAGAUUUACGUAUUUUCUAGCGGUUCCAAACGACUUAAACCAACAUUUCUUUCCUCUCUCUCUCUAUCUCUCUCUCCCCAAUGGCGAUAUGCCCAUGCUCUGUACCGACGAACUCCUUCAUAAUUACACAAAAACCAGGGAUUUUCAUAAUCAGUUCUGGCAAUCAGAAGCUUCUUGGGACGGUUAAGUUUUGCUCUGUCAGAGCUAAGGCAGUGGAAAGUGACCAGGGUACAAAACCAAAUAGUGUCAUUUGUGCCGAUUGCGAUGGAAACGGUGCAGUUCUGUGCUCACAAUGCAAAGGAAGUGGGGUGAACUCUGUCGAUUUUUUCAAUGGACAAUUUAAAGCUGGUGACUCAUGUUGGCUUUGCGGAGGAAAGAAGGAUAUGUUGUGUGGAAAUUGCAGCGGUGCUGGAUUUCUGGGUGGUUUCAUGAACACUUUUGAUAGUUGAAAACAUAUGAGCCUAGAUCAAAAGGCUAGAGUGCAUGUGCCAAAUUUAAAGUAUCUGGUUACAGGGUGCCCUUAUAGUGUUAUUGUGUAGGUAGAUGUUUGUCUAGGCAUGUUCAUGGUGCGCAUAUGGACAUAUUAAGAAAUCAAAUAUGUAGGUAAAGUGGCACUAGAUAGACAAUGAUGGCUCUUUGUCCUUUCCAUCACAUUAUUGUGGAAGCACACCAAUAUAUUAAAAUUGCAAAAUGUGUAAUUACUCUAUUAGGAUUGUAAAAUGUACUUUGCACUCUAUUUUGAAAUGGAACUUGCUCUUGUAUAUAUAAA